AUGGGUCUUGAGCGACGCCCAGCGGCUUCCAGAUCUGUCCGAGAAGGGAUAGGCGAAUCUGGUGGACCGGCUCCGCGUCACUCCACUAGACGCAGAACCCCACAGGAAGACUUGGUUGUAAAACUCCAAAGGAAGAUAGACGACUUAGAGAAGAAAGUAGAAGCAAGAGAGCAUUCACCAGAGCCGGAGGUAAGGAUGACUGCUCCAUUCUCUCCGGAUAUAAUGGAGGUACCCCUCCCAAAAACUUUUCGGCUGCCCACCAUCAAGGCUUACACCGGGACUUCUGACUGGCAUGCCCAUAUGACAAGAUAUAAGGCAGCCAUGGUGAUGACCAGGGCAAGCGACACCAUCAUGUGCGGAGCGUUUUUGUCUACUUUGGACGGAGAGGCGCAUGAUUGGUUCAAUACAAUCCAAGACAGUUCGAUCCAGACUUUUGCAGAACUGUCCAAGAAUUUCCUAACCUAUUUCUUCGGAAAUAUACAGCAUAAAAAGCCAUUCUCGCAUCUCUGUGGAGCAGCAAUCCUCAUAUUCAUCCAAGCAUUGAGGUCAGGCGAUUUCCACAAACAGCUGAACGCCCACCACCCAUGCUCCUCUGAGGACCUGAUGAGGACAGCCAAUCGAUACGCUGAGGUAGAAGAGGCCGACAGGAAAAAGAAAGAUGAGGAGGAAGGUAGGAAAGGUGGGCAACCUGAUAAAGUUGGUCCGUCCAACCAGGCACCACGCCCAAACCAGUUACCCGCAACGAAUGGGAAAGUUCAAGAAAGGCCUCGUCUCGCCCCACCGCGACACUUAACACCGCUUACUCACCCGGUUAGCGUGAUUCCAAUUCUAAGUCACGUUGAGGAAAUGGGAAUGAUGCAUUUUCCCUCAGAGUGUAUGGCAGUUUCUACGUGCGAGGACUAA